AUGGGCUUCCUGUACCCGUUUUCUUGGGAAGUCUGUAACAUGAAGCGAGGAAGUUUUCUCUGGCCAAAGGCAAGUGACUCAGCUCUAAGCCGUCAGCUGCCAAGGCUCCCGGCAGCUGGGUUACUGACCUGGCUUUUCAUCUCUUUUUUUGCUCUAGAUUUGUUGCCAUCCAAGGAUGGUAAAGAUUUAACUAAAUGUUUUCUGCUGCGAGUGGUAAAUAUUCUUCUGCAUUACAUCAAAAAAAUGUUUGAUGUUAAGAGUAAAAUACUAGACUUUCAUCAUCCUCACCAACUUCUUGAAGGUUUGGAUGGGUUUAACCUAGAGCUGUCUGGCCACCCUGAAUCUUUGGAGCAGUUACUUGUUGACUGCACGGAUACCUUAAAAUAUGGUGUUAAAACAGGCCAUCCUAGCUUUUUCAACCAGCUGUCCAGUGGGCUAGAUGUGGUCGGACUUGCCGGGGCAUGGUUGACAGCCACUGCCAAUACCAACACGGUUACAUAUGAAAUAGCUCCGGUAUUUACUAUCAUGGAGACGAUUUUUCUUAAGAAAAUGUAUGGAAUUAUCGGCUGGGGAGAAACAGAAGCAGAUGGAAUACUUGCACCUGGAGGAAGUAUCUCUAACCUCUAUGGUAUAUUAGUAGCUCGUUAUAAGCAAUAUCCAGAGAUAAAAAGACAAGGCACGACCGCACUUCCGUGUUGUGUGUUAUUUGUUUCUGAACAAGGUCAUUAUUCAGUAAAAAAAGCUGAAGCUAUUCUUGGUAUUGGAACUGACAACGUAAUUGAAGUAAAAUGUGAUGGAAGAUAUGUUUCUAACACGGGAAAGAUGAUUCCAGCUGAGUUAGAGAAAAAUAUAUUACAAGCUAAGAAAAAGACCACAAAUCUUGGGGGGGGGGGUGGAUUGCUGUUGUCCAGAAACCGCUCCCAUAAACUCAGUGGCAUUGAAAGGGCCAACUCUGCGACCUGGAAUCCACAUAAACUCAUGGGCGUCCCCCUUCAGUGCUCUGCUAUCCUGAUCCGGGAAAAGGGUCUUCUGGAAGCAUGCAACGAGAUGCACGCUGCUUAUCUUUUCCAGUCAGAUAAACUCUACAAUGUUGACUUUGACACUGGGGAUAACACUAUUCAGUGUGGCCGACAUGUUGAUGUCUUUAAGCUAUGGUUGAUGUGGAAAGCAAAGGGAACCUGUGGCUUUGAGGCACAGAUCAACUGACACAUGGAACUUGCAAAAUACUUCUGUAAGGUUUUAAAGAAAAAAGAUAACUUUAAGCUCGUGUUUGAUGCAGAGCCUGAGUUCACCAAUGUCUGCUUCUGGUAUUUCCCACCAAGACUUAAACACAUCCCAGAAGGUUUUGAAAGAGAUCAAGAACUCCAAAAGGUAAAUGCAUUGCUCCAAAGACGGUUGAUAGAGAAAGGCACAGCCAUGAUAAGCUACCAGCCAUGCGGAGACAAAGUAAAUUUUUUUCGAAUGGUCUUUUCCAACCCUGCCACCAGACGAGCAGAUGUUGACUAUCUUAUUGAUGCCAUUGAAAGGCUUGGAAAGGAUUUAUGAGACUUCAGUGUGAGCUUGAAUACAAGUGUGAACAGCAACUUUAAAAAAAUCUUUUGCUGAAGAUAACAAGAAAGGAAUACCACAAAUGUAUCCUCUCUUUUAGAACUUUUGAUUCUCUUUUAUCCUUUGCUACUAAGAUGAUGAAAGG